UUAUUUAUUUUCCCUUCAUUUUUUAAAAAGUAUUCUUCAAGAUGAAAUUAAAACGUUCUAAAACAAAUAAUUCAACAUUAAAUUCAAGCAAAGCAUCUAAUUUGAAAAAAUCAGGCAAUGAAGAUUCAGUCAGUUCUAAAAGUACCCAAAAAGAUAAACCUGCAUUGCCAAAAAAAUUAACAAAAGAUGCUAUACAAAAACCAACUAUCGAUGUCAGUUCGGUUACUUCUGUGGCAAAAAAGAGGAAACGGCCAUGGAGACAAGCAGUCCGUCGCAAGGCAAAACGAGAAGAAUUAGGAGAACAAGUGUCUAAACUUUCUGUUGAUGAUACUUUAGAACAAGAAGAUUUUUCUGAAGGCAAUUCUCAAUCAGAAGAACCAUCACAACCAAGAAAGAAGAAUAAAAGAAGUCGAAAAAAACGACUUAGAGACAAGAACAGAAUUCUCGCAAAAUGUUUCGAUUCAAAUAACAAUAACGAACAGGAAGCGAAAGAAGAAUUGCAACCCUCUAAAAGUCCAGAUUCUCGUUUGGAUGCUGCUCGCUUUCGUUAUGUCAAUGAACAGCUUUAUACACAUCCUUCAACAAGUGCUGUUCAACUCUUUAAAGAAGAUCCGAAUGCAUUUGAAGCUUAUCAUAGAGGAUAUAAACAGCAGCUAAAAAAGUGGCCGUUCAAUCCAUUAAACUCAAUACUUCUCGACCUUUCUUCACUCCCUCCUGGCAGUGUUAUUGCUGAUUUGGGAUGUGGUGAGGCAGAAUUAGCAGAACGUUUAGGUUCAAAAUAUAAGGUGCAUUCUUUUGAUUUGGUUUCUUUAAAUGAAAGAGUCGUUGUUGCUGAUAUGGCAAAAAUUCCUUUGGCUAGGGAAUCUGUUGAUGUUUGCGUUUAUUGUUUGUCUUUAAUGGGAACAAAUUUGGCUCAUUUUUUUCGUGAAGCACACAGAGUUUUAAAAAUGAAUGGAAAAGUGAAAAUUGUUGAAGUUACUAGCCGAUUCAAAAAUAUUAAAAAAUUCAUUGAUGCACUUGGAAAAAUGGGGUUUCAAUUAAAGAGAAAGAAAGAAUUAGACGGUAAAUACUUUACUGCAUUAACUCUUCAAAAGAUUGGCAGAUUUGUGAAUAAACGACCGUUAGGUCUUCAAUUAGAUCCGUGCCUUUAUAAGAAACGUUAA